CUGCCUUGGUCACAGGCCAGUCGCAUCUCAACAUCUCGGCAUGCCCAGGCUGCAUCGAGAUUCGAAGGUCGUUCUACUGAAUCUCAUGUGCCUCCUCCUCGGUUACGUUCAUUGAGCAAGUGUGCUAAAUGCGGAGCUCUUUUGUGCUUGUCCAAAGGAUGUAAAGCUUGGAAAUUGGACGAGGCUACAACUUGCUCUGAGCAUGAGUCAAAAGUUUAUUGUAGACCUUGCAAUGGAAGCGGGGACGAGCUCAGAUUGAGACCGUGUCCAGUCGACGGAUGUAAUCGAAUCCUUUGCAAAGACAUUUGCCAGAAGGAAUGCACCGGGGAGCCGGUCGAUGUUGCCAAAGUGGUCCGCGCCACACUCUCUACAAACGAUUUAAUGGUCGACCGGCGUGGAGAGCCUCCUUCAAAAAAACAGAAAAUGGAUACACAGCCGCGACAUCCCCCUCGUUUAGCUCCGUGCUCUACGUGCCUUCCUGCCUCUAUUUGGCGCCUCUGCUCCAAUGAUUUCAAUUGCUGGUCUGUGUCCCGUCUCAUAUGUCCCGACUGCUCUCCCAAGGGAGGCAAGAAAUGUAUUGGAAACCACCCAGCCUGGAUUUGUGACUCCUGUGCGUGCUCUAGCGGUGGUACUCCGAUUUGGGAUUGUUCUUCCUGUGGAAAGUCGUACUGCACCGAAUGCAGAUCGUCUACUUCGAAAAAGUGCGACCAGUGUGGAGCAAGCGAGAUUUGUAAGAAGUGCCAAGAGAAGCAGAACAGGACACCCAAGGCUCCGAAAAAGGACGUUUUCAAACGGGAAUACGGUCUCAACCUCACCACAGGCUGCGCCGAAAAAUCUUGCAAUCGUGCGUUACUGUGCCGGGUUUGUGUCACAAAGUGGAAGGAAACGAUGGCGUCGGGAAAGAGCAAGUUGAAGCGGUGUGGGGAUUGUUCCAGCUUUUACUGUGAGAAGCACUUGGGAGAUAUAUGUAUGGGUUGCUACUGUGGACUCUGCUCCCAAUGCGCAUCUAAGGGAGAAGGAUGUAACUGUGGAGAUUGCGAUCAAAUCAUGUGCAGGGGCUGUUGCAGCACGCAAGAGGGUUGCACGUCGAGUGAGUGUCAGAACAAGUGUGGAAUUUGUGGUCGAAUCUUCUGUGAGGGGCACCUGGUGGAUAUGUGUCCUAGAUGUAAUGGAGGAAUCUGUGAUGAAUGUUCAGGUGGAGAGUUAGAGGAGUGUGAGUGCAGAGAAGACUCCGAUUUAGACCUUACUAGGAUGGUCGAGCCUGGGUUUUUCGACAUCUAACUCAUUAUGUUUUCCGAUAUUCUCUUGCUGACUCCGUGUUCGAAAUAUGUACCUUUCUUACUGCUACCUUUCUUGCUAUUACCUAAAACCUUUCUUGCUACUACAUACCUUUGACCCAGUUCAUUUCAUCCCAUGUCAUCUUGUGAAGUUGCAUAUGCUAUCACAUUGUUUAUAUCCACGUAUCUACGAGUGUUUGUCAAGUUGAAUUGACCCUGAAGCACAAGGAAGGUAGUAC